AUGUCCUGGCAAACGUAUGUCGACACCAACUUAUUGGGAACUGGCCUGUUUGAUAAUGCGGCUAUCCUAGGCCAGGCCGGUGGCGUGUGGGCUACAUCCGCUAAUUUCAAUGUUGCACCCGACGAACAAAGUAAACUCGUCAACGGAUUCGAGGAUAACCCAACGAUUCAAGCCUCUGGAAUCAUCUUGGCUGGCACCAAAUAUUUGACGAUCCAUGCAGAUGACCGAAGUAUCUAUGGAAAGAAGGGGGGAGCCGGAUGCGUGUGUGUGAAAACUAAGCAGGCCGUUAUUGUAGCAUUGUACAAGGCUGGUGUCCAACCAGGCGAAGCCACAAAGUGCACCGAAUCACUAGCUGAUUACUUGAUUGCCUCAGCAAGCUCCCUGGCGCAUACAAUCGUUCGACGCUCCGAUGUCACUGCCCUGCCCCGUACAACUACACUGUCACAACCCGUAGCCAAUCAGGCCGUCAACGGAGUAGCCAAGAAUUCUACUUCUGACGACUGCACGUCUUAUCCUCUCGACCAAUCUACUUGGAAUCGGUUUCAUUGGGACGAUUAUCUUCGAACUUAUCCAAAUGGGGCAAACUUGACAACACAGGCAUACGCUGCUUCGAAGGGCGCAGACAAUUUCAGAUGUGGAAUUGGUGCGAAUUGCAACAUAGGACAGCUUUGCAGUCCAGUGAGGGCACCAGAUUGGUAUAUUCUUUAUGCCACCCAAAAUCUGAAUAUAUAUCUCAACACAUUACAUCAAAUUGCUGGCGAGGCAAUUUCCCUCACCCAAAAUGCCAUCGCCUCCGUCUGGAAUGACCUGUUUCCUGCCGUGGUCAAUCAUCGUGAUUUGGAAGCUGUAUUUGGUCUCUCCGUUGUGGCGGCCACAGUCCAAGCGGUUGGAGCUCUUUACCUGCUACUUAUCCCCAAUCCAGCACUUCUCUUUACCGCGGCGCCAUUUGCAAUCAUGUCAGUGAUCAACAUGCCGUUCACUCAGAUAAUGUGCGCCUCUUUGUUAGCAAUCGUGCUGGGGCAAUCGAUCCUCGCAUCUCAUGACAGCAGUGGCCCUUUACAAACCAAGGAGUUUGACUAUUGGUCACAAUUCAACUAUCGAUUAUCCCAGUGGCAGGGAGAGACUGAACAAUUAAUUGCCAACACUACUUCACGGGUAUUCAAUUCUGGAAUCAACUCAGAUCCGGCCUACAGCCUGAGUCAGAUUCUUGUCAAUGGAACCUUCUUGGGUCCAUUUGAGCGCAAGGAUAGUUUUGAACUUCAAGCCAACUUGAAAAAUGUUACCAAAUCUAUCGCGAUCUCAAAACUACUUCGCUCUAUGAAUGCAUUUGUUACGAUCUCAAACGACCCUCAUCCAGACAAGCGAUGGAAUUCAAAGGAUGUACUCUCUUACCACAGUCCUAAUGGAACUCUCAUGAAUAUCAUUAGAGUUGUCCCUGGAAAAACAAAGGCCAUCAAUGAUUUCAAGAACGGAUAUGCCUUGUUUGAAAAGCAUGGAAUUUCCACCGAGCACAUUGCGGAAACCUCAUUUCAGUGUCAGCAAAGAUUUGGCAUUCAGAAGAACCCUGUUGGAAGCCUCUCAGAUAUGAAUCGCCAUAAUGUUACUCAAGACCCUACUGUUUGCUCAUUUGAUUUGCCAGUUUGCGACAUGAGACUUCCAGGAUUUCAACAUCAGAAACACAAACACAAAAGGACUGUGAAGAUUUGCAGGCAAAUUCUGGGUCUACCCAUCUAA